CUUUAUAAUAAAUAAAUAAAUUAAAAUUCACAUCUCCGAGACCUGACAUUCAUCGGCUUCUCUCCUCUCCUCUCCUGCAAAAACCAGUAUCUGCAGCCUGUUCAUAACCUGCCAUGGCAGAAUUCAGAGGCAAUGAAACCCCUUCAUCUACUGCAGAUGUGAAAGAUGUAAAAGCACCAAAUUUGAUUGAACGUGCAAAGGAAGAGAUUGAGGCUAUGAUUCACCACGAUAAAAAACCUCACCAUCACAAGGAAACUCAUGGAGCUAGUGACAUUGAUGCAAACACCCCAGUUGAUGAAGUAAAGGGACCAAAUGUAUUUGAACGAGUCAAGGAAGAAAUUGAGGCAGUUGUACAAAGUAUCCACCCUAAGAAAUGAUCCAACUCUUCUCAUGCCAUUAUUUAACAAUAUUGGUCUGAUGUACAAUAGCUAAUUGCUAUGUAUAAAUAGUACUGAUUUCUUGGUGUUUACAAUGGAAGGUGUUGCUAUUUGUGACAGCAUUUGAUGUCUAAUGAUCUUUUAGAACGAUCCUUGCUGAUUUCUUUUGUAUAACCAUGGUUUCCGGGCUA